UAUAAUAUAAAAGAUUAUAGAUGUGUAUGUGUAUUUAUGAAGAUGUCACUGUGAAGCUUUCGUGGCAAGAGGAGAUUAUUUAUUAUCAGGGCCCGUGUCUGGUUGUGUAAUUGCACAGAAAAGAAACACACAGUUCUUUCAGCGUUUUUCUUUCGCUCGUUUUGGCAUCAGAAGGAGGAAGACUUUUUUUUUUUUUCCCCCCGUCUCUUUUUUUUUGCUGUGGCUUCUCCUCCGCCUUUUUCAUCCCUCUGCACGCUUGGAGGUGGACUCACGCUUGGAGGCUAGCGGGAUAAGCGGGGGAGGAGGUGGCCGCGGUGAGCCGCCAGCAUGCACAAGCACCACCACUGCUGCAAGUGCCCGGAAUGCUACGAGGCGACCCGCAUGGCCGCGCUGCGCCGAGCCGACUGGCAGCCCGACCCCUACGGAUACCCACCCGGCUACGGGGGCGGCGGCGGCGGCCAGACGCUGCCGCCUCAGACCCCUGGAGGGGGGGGCGGCGGGGGAGGCGGCGGGGGCACGCUCGGGAGAAGCAAAGGAAAGAUGAUGACCUCUGCCGGGGGCCCCGGGGGCCCCGCCCCCAAGGGCUCGAGCAAGGGUGGCCCCAGGGUGAAUGGCAAUGGCUCGGGGGACCAGGGAGGAUGGUGGCCGGAGUGCACCUGCUCCACCCGGGACUGGUACGACCAGGCAAACCCUCCUCCCAUCAUUGUCAACGCAGACUCCCUGGAUGCUGGUCCUUAUGUGAAUGGGAGCGAUGGGAUGUACAAGUAUGAAGAGAUCAUCUUGGAGAGGGGCAACUCUGGUCUGGGCUUCAGCAUCGCCGGCGGGAUCGACAACCCCCACAUUCCGGAUGACCCUGGAAUCUUCAUCACCAAGAUCAUCCCUGGGGGGGCGGCCGCUAUGGACGGCAGGCUGGGGGUCAACGACUGCGUGCUGCGGGUCAACGACGUGGACGUGUCCGAGGUGCUGCACAGCCGAGCGGUGGAGGCGCUCAAGGAGGCGGGGCCUGUGGUGCGGCUGCUGGUGAGGAGGAGACACACCCCUCCGGAGACCGUGCUGGAGGUCAACCUGCUGAAAGGGCCCAAGGGACUCGGGUUCAGCAUCGCCGGGGGCAUCGGGAACCAGCACAUCCCCGGCGACAACAGCAUCUACAUCACCAAGAUCAUCGAGGGCGGGGCUGCGCAGAAGGACGGCCGCCUGCAGACCGGGGACCGACUCCUGGCUGUGAACAACAUCAUCCUGCAGGACGUGCGGCACGAGGAGGCCGUGGCGGCGCUGAAGAACACCUCGGACAUGGUGUACCUGAAGGUGGCCAAGCCGGGGCCCUCGCACCUCAACGACAUGUACGCCCCGCCAGACUACUCCAGUAGUCUCGCCCUCCCUGCAGCCUUCCCCACCACGGUCGAGAACCACGUGGGUCACCAUGUGGGUCACCACUCCGCCAUGGCCUACAUGGGCGAACCCAAACCCUUGUACCAGCCCCCGGCGCAGGUCACGCCCCCGCGCUACUCGCCCAUCCCACGGCACAUGCUGGCGGACGACGACUUCACCAGGGCCGAGCCCACGUACAGCAUCAUCCACAAACCUGCGGAGGACGUCAGCCUCCCUCCCUCCCCCUUCCUCUACAGCGGGGAUGGGGGGGUCUGUCCCAUCCCCACCCCAUUGCGCCACGGCCCAGCUCUCUACUCCGGCAGGGAACCCCGGAAGGUGGUACUGCACAAGGGUUCCACAGGCCUGGGGUUCAACAUCGUGGGUGGGGAGGACGGAGAGGGAAUCUUUGUCUCCUUCAUCCUGGCGGGUGGGCCAGCGGACCUCAGCGGCGAGCUUCGGAGGGGUGACCGCAUCCUCUCGGUGAAUGGUGUGAACCUGCGGAAUGCGACUCACGAGCAAGCGGCCGCCGCGCUGAAGAGGGCGGGGCAGACCGUCACCAUCGUUGCCCAGUACAGGCCAGAAGAGUACAGUCGUUUUGAGUCCAAGAUUCACGACCUGCGGGAACAGAUGAUGAACAGCAGCAUGAGCUCAGGGUCGGGCUCCCUGCGCACCAGCGAGAAGCGCUCGCUCUAUGUCAGGGCCCUGUUUGACUACGACCGCAGCCGGGACAGCUGCCUGCCCAGUCAGGGCCUGAGCUUCUCCUAUGGUGACAUCCUGCACGUCAUCAAUGCCUCGGACGACGAGUGGUGGCAAGCGCGGCUCGUCACUCCGCACGGGGAGAGCGAGCAAAUCGGGGUCAUCCCCAGCAAGAAGAGGGUCGAGAAGAAGGAACGUGCUCGGUUAAAAACCGUGAAAUUCCAUGCCAGGACGGGUAUGAUCGAGUCCAAUCGGUUGGUCAAAGUAAAGCGCAAAAAGAGCUUCAGCCUCUCGCGCAAGUUCCCGUUUUACAAGAGCAAGGAGAACAUUGUGCAGGAGUUGGCUGAGCCGGAACAAUGCCUGACGUCCAACACGAGCGACAGCGAGAGCAGCUCCAAGGGCCAGGAAGACACUAUUUUAUCCUAUGAGCCAGUGAUACGGCAGGAGAUUCAUUACACGAGGCCAGUGAUCAUCCUGGGACCAAUGAAGGAUAGAGUAAAUGAUGACCUCAUUUCAGAGUUUCCUCACAAGUUUGGAUCUUGUGUCCCACAUACAACACGACCCAGGCGGGAGAACGAGAUAGACGGCCAGGACUACCACUUUGUGGGAUCACGCGAACAAAUGGAGAAGGACAUACAAGAUAACAAGUUUAUCGAGGCGGGCCAGUUCAACGAGAACCUGUAUGGGACUAGCGUCCUGUCUGUCCGAGCUGUGGCGGAGCGGGGUAAACACUGUAUCCUGGAUGUGUCUGGGAAUGCCAUAAAGCGACUGCAACAAGCACAACUCUACCCAAUUGCCAUUUUCAUCAAGCCAAAAUCCAUUGAGGCAUUAAUGGAAAUGAACAAGAGACAGACAUACGAACAGGCUAGCAAAAUCUUUGACAAGGCUACGAAGCUGGAGCAGGACUUUGGCGAGUACUUCACAGCCAUUGUACAGGGUGACUCAUUAGAAGAAAUCUACAACAAAAUCAAGAUCAUCAUCGAGGAGCAGUCAGGCCCCUACAUCUGGGUCUCUUCCCCAGAAAAGCUCUGAGCCUUCAGUCCUGUUCCCGUUUCUCAAUGAGGACUUGGCCCCUCACCAUGCCACCACACCCCACCCUGUUCUUCUUACAGAUGUAUUCCAUAGUUUUACCGUCAUCAUUCUGUUUCUCUAAGACAAACAUUUCGUACCGCAAUCAUCACUGCGACUGCACAACCCCCUGCAUGAUUUUCUCAGCAAAAUCUGUUCAGGACUGGAAUGAUGUUCCAAGUGAAUUUUAAUCACAAGAAACUUACAGCUUGAGGGUGGGGAAGUAGUAGGCAAAAGCCAGUACAUGACAAAGGAUGGGAAACCGAAGUCAGAAUGUCUUAAAGAUUCUGGAAGUAAAGACUGGGAUUGGAAGAACUUCCAGGGGGAUGAGACAAACUGCACAAGUUGGAACAUUAUAAACUUUAUGAACUCACUGAAAUGAAAAGUUAAUGCAUUUUUUCCUCCUCGAAGAACUGUGUACAAAUCCACCCAUGCACAACGGUACUGCAGGGAGCCCGUUUCCAUAUUUAUUUAUUUUUUCUUAAUUUGCGAUGGAAAAAUACCGACUUGGCGAUAUACCCAACAAUGACAAACAAGCUCACAAUGCUAUUGUUUGCGUCACAGAACCAGCCAGUCAGAAACUCUGGUGAAAAAAAAUGAUUUUGAGACAAAGGUCAAUGAGCAUUUAAAAAUGGAAACUCCAACAUGUCUAAUGAUAAUUCUUUGGAGAAAUUCUUUUACUACAUGUUGAAAACCACACUGUUUUACAGUUCAGCGGACUUGUCUACAUUGAGGGCUCUGUGAUUUCGUUAGUGUUUUUCUUAAGCUGCUCGGAAAUAAGGAAGGGAGUAGAAAGGUGUAUCUGGGCUCUCCGUAAAAUACCAAACUGCCUUACAUGAACACAAACCACACAACACACCCUGUUUAUGCUAUACUUGGAAGAGCAAGCAACAAACCGUGUUUCUCCUGGUACUUGGACAGCAAGGCAAUAAUUCAGCGCUGUCACUGAGACAAGCGCGAACAGUGUUGCCAUUUACUCUGUCAACUGCACUCUGUCUUGCAUGACCAGGAUGGUUUAAGGGAACUUUCCAGGAUCACAUGAUCUAUAAGCAACCUCUCCGUAAACUCCAAGACCUCCACCAAACCAACAAGGGCAAUUAGUUGCAGACAACCAGUUUGGGCUGCCCCUGCCUCUACGGCAUGCUGUGUCAUGAUGGAGCGGUGAUGGACCACCCGCCUUCCUGCCUGAUGUGGACACCUCAUAGAGGAGUGUAAUGAUGUGAAGAGUUCCACUUUUUUUGGUGUGUUUUUUUUUUUUUUUUUAACAAAGAGAAUGCAAGUCAUUCUUGAUGGCCCCCCAAUGCAUAUAUUAUUUGAAAGGAUCCUGCAUACUGUGUUUAUUUGCUAAUGAAUUGGGCAAUUUUAUUUUUUCUAAAAUCAAGUGUUGAUUCACUGUUUAGAUCUGCAUGAAAGGCUAUGUGGCAAGCUCAGGAAUUUACAGGUACCCGUUUCCAGGACAGAGAUGCCCCCAGUGGUUUUUUUUUUUUUAGAGGCUAUAUGUGUAUCUAUUAUGGGGGGCUCUCAGAAAACGGAACAGAAUACACUGAACAUGGGCAACCAUUGGAAACAAACUAGGUUGAUGGACUAGGAAGAAUUACUAUUGGAGGUGUACAACUUUUUUUCCUUUUUCAUUUGUACUUAUGAAUGUGUGGAAGCCUUUUUGAGACCACCUUUGUGUUUCUGUAUGAACCAACGAGAUGGAUUAGACGGGAGUGAAAUAAGCCCCCUAUGCUGUAGGUCCUGAAGAUCUCAGCGCUGUAUCACCUCAGCAUGUGAAGGAACAUCUCAGAUAUGAUGGAGGCAUGGAUGUAUGAGUAUUCCAGGGCCUCUCCUGACUUUUUUCAAACAGAGGUGUGGUUGUUAACAUCUCUCAAGUCCACAGGGGUUAAUGUGGCCAGCUAUCACUUUGCACCCACCUGGGCUCUACCUGCAGGUAGUUUCUGAACAGGUGUGCUCACUUACACCCCCCUCAGCCAAACCAGCUGUCAUACCUGUGUCAAAACCAGAGUUCAGGGAAUUACUGAAGGGAUCAGAGCCAUUAAAAACUGCUUGCAGACUGUUUCAAAAAGGUGUGGUAUCUAUAAAUGUACAUAUCCCCAACAGAGACUCCCCAACAACGCUUGCAGUCAGCUUGGGAUAAAGACAUGUUUUUGUAGAUCAAAAAUGUUGGGUAAGUAAACUUAUUCUGGGAUUAAUUUCCAUACAAAUGUGUAAUGUUCUCUCUGUAGACACAACUUCAGCUGCCUACUGGACCAUAUUUUCUAAUCUGUGGGGGAGGGAGGAACUCCCUGAAAUAGGGUCUGUCUACUUGUGAUUUCUUGUGGAACUUGUCUGGGUAUAUUAUUAUAUAUAUACUUUUUUAAAAAAGGGACAAAAUCUAAUGUAAAACCAUGUGUACAAGGCAGGUGUCAACCUACAAGUGACUAUGAAAGAGGUCAGAAAAAUUUCU